CUUGAUCAUCUCCCGAGAACUUGCGGCGCAACGGGGCUUUUUGCUUUUCCAGUACUCCGUACGGUGUAUUCCGUACACAAUUUUUUUUUUUUUUUUUUCCCUAACGUCCUCCACAUAACAUUGGGCACGGGCAGUCUUUCCUGCAAAAGUCCCAAAAAGCCGUUCAGUCAUAACUUCGAGGCAAUCACCCUACCCCUCCCACCAGCAGCUUGGUUCCUACCAUGACAGAAGUCAGUAUGUCUGAACAUGUCCACGGACACGCUGGGCGCUCCGUUCCUGGGCCCUUUGGAUUCUACACACCAUACGAACCCGCACCUGCUCCUCCCCCGGGGCCUGCUUUGCUGGAUGAUAGCGAGUCAAGCAUGCUGGACAACUUCUUUACCUCGAUGCAUGCCAAUCAUCUCGACAGCAAUGACUUUUGGUUCGGCCUAGAAGACCAGGGGAGUGGGAACUCGGGACUUCAUUUCGACUGGCCAGAUCUUCCCCCGACUUUUGAGGGUUCGACAACCUCGCUGCCGUCGCAUCCGCCGGUUACGCAGAGAAUACAUCGCGACAACACGGUUGUCGAUAAGCCAGGGCCUCCAAGUUCGGAUGUUCUAGCUGCUGCGUCCAUGCUCUACCAGAACGGAAUGGGCGGGAAUGACUUUUCGUCGACGUUCACGAGUCAAAUAUUCACCGAAAACGGCCUGAAGGACCUAAGCUCGCACCAGGCGGAUAUAAAACACCCACGGUAUGGCCUUGGAGGGGACGUGCGACGAUCUCAUUUCGGCUCUACCCGAAGAAACCCAGCAUAUAACGAUACAGAAGUGCGUCAUAACAGGGCGGAGGGUGAUGGUGGUUCUUAUUCUGUUUCUAAGGAACACAUCUUUGGUCCUCUACGAUGGGGUUCGGAUGCCGGUUUUGCAGAACAAGGAUAUCAGGUUCCGCCAGAUCAGCCAACUAUGGAGGAAAGAACGACCGAAAUACUGCACAACCUGGAGUGCUUCGAGUCCCAGAGCAGCGCCCCAAAUACUAGACCUUCAAGCCCAACUCCCCGACGACGUUCAGACCGUACCUCUGAAGUCGGUAGCCUCCGGAGCCCGAACUCUCUUACGCAGUUUUCGCCCAUGGAUACGAACCAAAUGGACGGCGACUCUCGACCGACGAAAAGACGAAAGAAUAAAGGGAAAGUAAAGGAUGAAGAAGACGAUUGCACUCAAUUUUCCCUCGGCAGACCUUCCAGCUCUCGAAGAGAUCGACGAUGGUCGUCGAAUAGUGGCGCCCAAGCCCGCAGAUCAAAAGUACACGUGAUCAAACCGCCUCGUGAGAAUCUGACGGAGGAACAGAAAAGAGCAAAUCAUAUCCUGUCGGAGCAAAAACGGCGGAAUCUCAUAAAACAGGGAUUCGAUGAGCUAUGCUCGCUCGUUCCGGAACUCAGAGGCGGCGGUUUCAGCAAAAGUACGAUGCUCGCGCAGGCAGCUGAUUGGCUGCAAGAUUUACUUCAAGGAAACGAAAUGCUCAAACUUCAAUUAGGAGACAUCAGAGAGCGAACUGGCGGAUGAUAAAAAUUACACAUAUACCUUGGUGGACAUCCGCUUCGUUACUUGCACACCCACGUUGUAUUGAACUAUCACGCGCCGUGGCAUGCAUUUCUCUUUCUUCGAUCCUUUUUUAGCCAACUAAUAUCCAGAGCAUAUGGCCUGGUGCAUAUCUCUCUUGCCUUCUGUGUACAGUAUUCUAGCGAGCAUUUUUGUCCUUUUGCCCUUUUUGGCCCUUUGCAUUUUAUCCUUUCUGCUCGCCUACCAGAGUUUAGGAUAUAGGGCACCUAUAUUUUUGUGUCCCUCUCGCCUAGAAGGCAGUUGGAGAGUUGUUGGAACGUAAGGUUCAUGGAGGAUACGAAAAUUAUCCAUCGUGUUUGAGUUCAGCAGGCAGAUGUACAUACAAUACAUUCAACCACCCCGAUGACACCUAUCGGUACAUAUACUAAUAUUAGUAACAGUGAUUCAUGAUCAAGA